GCUGACACGGGCAUUGAAGCGCAUGAAGCAUUGCCACCCCAAGUGCUUGCCGCACUGCUACCCCGACCCCCUGACGCAGCUCAGGGCCGUUUGCUGGGCCAGGCAAGACUUCCUCGAGUUCAAGGGCGAGUCCGGCGGCUUGGUUGGCAGCGACGCGAGCAAGGGCGCCUUGACUCUGCUUCGUCGAACUGCGCAGGUAGUGCCGACCAACGCUGGUGACAUUCAGAAGAAGGCCAUGGCGGGGGCCUGGUCCGCAUACCUCUACGUGGCGCAACAGACGGCCACGCAGAAGAAGCUCAACGGCGUCCGAUAUACAGCUGCAUUCAAGCAUUUCGAGGUCGCGUCUUUAUUGCUCUCCAAGGCAAGCUGCACUAUCGCGCGCGCGAACCUCCAUGAACUCGCAGCUCCGUCCGAGACGACGCUGAGGGGCGAGGUGAAGGACGCGUUCCGGAACUUGCUCGACCCGUCCCUGGAGUAUUUCGAAGUCUCGGGGGCGCUGAUGCAUUUCGCGCCGCAACGCUUGGCGCGCGCGGCCGCGACGAGCAAGGGCCCCCAGCUCGACCGCCGGCGCCGAGUCUGGAUCCCCCGGCGGGCGCUCGACGUGAUGGGCAGUUGGCGGCUGCGCAGCGCCACGAGGAAGAACUUCGUGGCCUCGUACGAGUCCUUGGAAUUCUCCAUGUGCGUUGCGGACUUGGUCAACCCUGGUCGAGAUGCCACGAACGCAGACCACCUGGCACUCAUGAUGGGCCACUACGUCGCGCAGCGCAUCGAGGCGUCCCAGGCAGUCUGCCGCAAGAGCGGCUUCAGGUCAGGCAGCCAGGCGAGGCAGUGCUCAUCGGCCUGGGAGGCGCUGGACACCAAGAACCACCGGCCGCUCGCGGGGCAGCCGGGUAUCCCUUCGGAGGAGCACUUGCGCAUCAUCAGUGAAUGCGGCGCGGUGGUCAGGCCGUUGCUCCAGAAGCUCGGUUGGGGCCCUGACCGCGUGGGCCCGCUGGCCCGCGAAGCGCAGUCCAUGCGAGACGUGGCCGAGGCGACCGCGGCGGCGUUCAGGGUCGCCGAGGCGGCGGCGGACCCCGAGGUGGACGAGGACACCGCAGUUGCUCCUCCGCAGCCGCUUGAGGCGCCGAGGCCGCAGCAGCCGCAGGCAGGGCAGCGCCGCUGCCCUCCCGCGAGCCUGACGAAGGCGGUCAACGCGUUCCAGGCCAUGGCGAACGAGCUCGCUGACACCAGUGACGUCGCAUGCGACGAGUUCUUGGAGGAGCACGCGGGCAAAGGGGCGCCCGAGGCCGACUGCAAUGCGCAGCAGGAGGCCGACCCCCGCGGCGGCAUUGGCGCGGGUAGCUCCGUCGUCGCCCCCCUGGAGGAGCCCCCGAGGCUUGCGCCCGAGGCCAUGCUGAUCCAGUUGGCGAAGGUUUGCGCGGACAUCAGGAAGGUCGCCAACGGAUCGAGGCGCAGAGGUCGGGCGGCCAGGAGGACGACCCUUGAGAAGUUGAUGGGGGAGACGGCGCGAGUCGGAGGCGGCGGGCCGCCAUGGGGCUUUCGCGCCAUCUGCUGCGCGCCCAGUCUGGAGAUAUUCGCGAGGGUCGUCGCGGUCUUCGAGAAGACGGCCUCCGGAUGGACGUUGGCGGAGCAGCCUGAGAACGAGGAGAAGAGAUUGCGUGAGAUGAAGAAGAUGCACAACAUGGCCUUCAAGUGCACGCUCGAGGAGGUCGCCCUGUCCACCAGGGCGACGUAUGGAUCAGGGCCCGCGUGGGAAUUGGCGAGGCGAGCGCCAGGGGCGCAGCGGGUCCACUCCGUCUUCACUUCGGACAUCUACAUGAUCGCAGGCACUUGCUUGAUGCCCGCGGCCGUCCCUGACGGUUGCAAGCCCGAGGCCACGGAGAUGGCGAACAACUUUUACGCCGGCGCCGCGCGUCUUCGUCAGGCCGAGUCCCACCUCGCGUUCGACGCGGGCGCCAUGGUUGAUUCCAGGCGCCCCGCUUGCUUGUGCUACGUCUUGGCGUUGAUGACAGGGCAGGCGCAACGCUUGAACUCGCAGCACGUCGCGGGCAGUUCGGGGCUGCUGAAGGCUUUGCUGUCCGCGGGCCAGGAGGGCGCGAAGCGCGCGGCCGUCCAGUUCUUCGACGAGGUCAAGACCGCGCGCGCAGAGAAGCGCGCCCGCAGGGAAUGGCGCUGA